AUGGUGGACCUGACUGCACCUAAAUCAAAGAAGAGUUCCGACAACGUCAACGCCAAGCUUGGUUUGGCUAUCAAGUCCGGUAAAUACACUUUGGGAUACAAGUCCACUGUCAAGUCCAUCAGACAAGGCAAGGCUAAGUUGAUCAUUGUUGCCGGUAACACCCCAGUCCUCAGAAAGGCUGAGUUGGAGUACUACGCCAUGUUGUCCAAGACCCCAGUUUACUACUUCCAAGGUGGUAACAACGAGUUGGGAACUGCCUGUGGUAAGCUCUUCUCCGUUGGUGUCUUGGCUAUCUUGGAUGCCGGUGACUCCGACAUCUUGACCUCCGUCGCCUAA